AUGAUCUAUGAGACUAAGGGGUUGGCCCUUGAGCAGGUCAAUGAGCUCUAUGAAAAUGUUCCGAAGGCUUGGAAGAGCCCUGCUUACCGUUCUGAACUCCGCACAGCCUCUGUUUCUGAGAUCCACCACACUAAGUCGAUCGAUGAAGAUACAAAGCAUUCGGAGGUGGCACUUGAGGAUGCUGAAAAGGCCUGA